AUGCUCCGUUUUCGGAGCCGCGCCGGCACGGACAAGCAAAUACCUCGCGGCGGUCCCGAGCUACCAUACCGACCGAAGCAGCACAACUCAGCCACAUCUAGCAUUGUCGAGCCGACGAUAAUACAAAAAGGCCACGGAAAUCCGCUCUAUGUGCCGUCUGUCCGGCUGUCACCUGAGGCAUCAAAAUCGCCCACGGUUCAUAAGAUUCAUAUUCUCGGCGAAGAUGCACGAUCGAAAUUCAUCGCCCACGCCCUCUCCGGAGUCUACGACUCGGUCGAGCGACUGGCUUGGACUCGACCCUCAAAUAAAUACCGAUACUUACAGCGAUUCGACAAGCACGGCACUGCCACCUUUGAGCCACUCAACGUCGGCCGGCAAGUGCUUGCGAGCAAAAGCGACGCCCACAUUGACGAGCUGGUUGUGUCGAGUAAUACAGCUCAAGGGGCAAUGGAAGCCCUCGAGGCGGUCAAGCAUCGUGUUGAUAAUGAUACGACUGUCUGCUUGAUGACGGAUGGCCUGGGCGUCCUGGAAGACGUACGGCAGAAGAUCUUUUCCGUGCCAGAAAAGGAGCCCACGUUUUUGCUGGGCAAUAUGAGUCACAAAUUCGCAUUCAACAGAAAUUUUGACUCGGUUCGACAAUUGCGCCAUGGGAUAUGGAACAUCACAUCGGUUCACCAAAGCGCCGUAAUGUCGACGGAGCAACCCAAAGUCGAGACGCAGACGAACUUUGUAAGGUCGCUACAGGCAGCCACGCUCCUCCGCACAGAAUACACACCAUUUGACAGCUGGUUCCGAUACAAGCUACCCGGCGUCAUAUUUGACUCAGCAGUCGAGCCCGUGUGUCUGCUUCUUGACGUGCCCUACUCGGGCCUGCUGCCAAACGCCAACGCGCGCAAGCUCAUCAGCAGCCUGCUCGAGGAGAUCGUCUCCAUCCUGCGCCUCAUGCCCGAGAUUGGCCGCGCUGAAGCGUACCACGAGCUGCUGGACGUUGACCGCGCGCAGAAGGCGCUGUACCGCCGCAUCCUGCGCCACCGAGGCCGCGAGGGCGGCCUGGUGCGCGACAUUCGCCUGGGCCACCCGGUCAACGUGGACUACCUGAACGGGUACUUUUUGCGUCGCGCGCACGAGCUCGGCGUCAAGGCGCCGACGAACAAGAUGAUGUGGGACCUGGUCAAGGCCAAGAACGCGAUCGCGGCGGAGAAGCGCGAGUCGUACGUGCGCAUCGAGGAGACGUCGGUGACGUCGGGCAUGGAGGAUGAAUAUAUAACAAUGUCUAGCUCAUAG